AUGGAUUCCAAGUUGGAUAUGGAUGAUUAUUCCAAUGCUAGUCUGGAGGGUGAUAUGUCAAUACCGGGCAACAAGACAAAUGCCCCAAUUGGAGCUCCUGAUUUCAAUACACUGGACGAACCAAUUAAGGAGACAGUUCUGCGUGAUGUGCGAGCCGUGGGUGUGAAAUUCUACCAUGUCCUAUAUCCCAAAGAAAAAUCAAGUCUACUAAAAGAUUGGGAUCUGUGGGGUCCUUUAGUGUUGUGUACAUUCAUGGCCACAAUUUUACAAGGUUCAUCGAGUGGCGAAUAUGAUGGUGGACCAGAAUUUGCCCAAGUUUUUGUCAUAGUAUGGAUAGGUGCUGCCAUUGUUACAUUAAAUUCUAAGCUAUUAGGUGGCAAUAUAUCAUUUUUCCAAUCUGUGUGUGUUCUGGGUUAUUGUCUUACGCCCGUUGCCAUAUCACUUAUAGUAUGCCGUAUUAUCUUACUUGCCACACAAUCACCACUAUUAUUCUUUCUGCGCCUACUGACCACAACUGUAGGUUUUCUAUGGGCCACAUAUGCAUCAUUCAUUUUCCUGGGUGACAGUCAACCACCCAAUCGCAAACCCUUGGCUGUUUAUCCCAUAUUCCUUUUCUUCUUCAUUAUCUCCUGGUUGGUGAUAUCCCACAAUUAAGGUUGGCGACUCAUGUACUUUUAAGGGCCUUUA